GCCUAGGAUCCCUCGCUCAACAGCAUCGAGGAACACCGGUUCCGCAUGGAUGAGCUGCCGGACGAGUUUGACAACUUUCUGCAUCGGAGGGGCGCAUUUGAACCGCCCAAGCUGCCCCCGGGAGUCCGCCUACUCAGCGGUGUGCGGUUGAUCCUCCAGCUCAAUGCGAAGCACCCGGAGACCUUCACGGCCCGGUACCUCUCCCUGUCGCAUAAGGCGUACGAGGAGAUGGUCCGGGUCCUGCGCCUGCCGUUCCGCGCCAUCGAGGGCACCAGCGUCGUCGGGCCCUUCUUCUGGUGCGCCUUCGACCAGGACGACGAUGAUCCGCACCUCCAGAUCAUCUACCGCAAGUCGGACGUGCGCAAAAAGGGGCUGACGCGCGGCUGGGAGCUGAUGCUCUCGCACUCGUUCCGGAGCAACAUCACGACGGGGUACGCCAAGGGCACGCCGUCGUCCGACAUGGUGGCGAGCAUCACGCACCUGCGGGCGUGCGCCGCCCAGGUGCUGCACCCGAUGCUGCUGCCCAUCAUCAUCCUGAGCCACGACCUAUCGGUGCGCAACGACCAGAAGCAGCGCGACGCACGCGAGUGGCUGCGCCUGCUCGAGCACGCCGUCAGCAUGCGCAACGAGGUGCUCGAGGAGGAGAGCCGCUACAUCAAGGAGUCCAUGGUCGACCUGGACCAGAUCAACCGCGACCUCGUCGAGUGCCACUCGCAGGUCCUGUGGAAGCGGCCCCAGGCCUACCAGGAGAUCAUCAUGGGCAUGUACCGCGCCAUGGACAAGUUCUGGUCCAAGGCCUGCGACGACCCGGCCUACGGCGGGCCCGGCGGCGACGUCGACAAGCUGCACCGCAGCCUGCUGGCCCGGCUGGACUUCUACUACGCCAAGCUGAAGGGCAUCGAGAACUACGCCCACAUCACGCUGGAGCGGUUAGCCAUCCAGCGGGCGGCGCUGUACAACAUCAUCGCGCAAAAGGAAUCCAAACUCAACCUGCAAAUGGCCGGCGAGCAGCGCCGCCUCGCCCACGCGGCCAAGCGCGACAGCACCUCGAUGAAGAUCCUGUCCCUGCUCGGCGCCAUCUUCCUGCCGGCCACCUACCUGGCCUCCAUCUUCAGCAUGUCCUUUUUCAACUUUAAUAACAACAACAACAACGGCAACAGCAACAGCAACUCCAGCGGUAACAACCAGAUCGUCUCGCCGCUGCUGUGGAUCUACUUCGCCAUCACGGCGCCGCUGACGCUGCUCGUCGUGGUCGCCUGGCGCUGGUGGGACAACCGGCGCGAGCGCCGGCACGCCGCCGAGGACGCCGACCUCGAGGCCGGCAUCGACCGCAUGGAGGCCCAGAUCAUGGCCACCAUGCGCAAGCGCACCAUGAGCAAGGUGCGCACCUGGGACGUGGGGACCGCGUCGUGAUUGUCCCCCCUUGGAACCCGGGGGGGGGGGGGGGGGUCCUACACUACUGUUGGUUUGAAAUUUGAUGCAUUCAUUUGGUUGGGAUA